AUGCUUCGCAGAAUUACCAGUACUAUAUUAACUAGAACAGUCACAAGGGCUGUGACACCCACUAUUUGUCUUUCAAUGCCUCAAUUGACCCUACGCCCCGCAAUUCGCUAUUAUUCAAUCGAAUCAACCGAUGGCCAUGCCAUCCCACAGGAAGUGCUCAAGAUGACCGCUGGCGAGUAUCAUCAAGCAGCAGAUACUUUCCUGGAGACUUUGUUGGAUGAAUUGGAAGCUAUUAGUGACGAUUUGCCCGAUGUAGUGCCUGAUGUAGAACUCACACAGGGUGUGAUGACACUUGAAGUGACCCCUGUGGGAACCUAUGUUAUUAACAAGCAACCUCCUAACAAGCAAAUCUGGCUAUCAUCACCGAUCUCGGGUCCCAAUCGUUUCGAUCUGUGCAAGGGAGAGUGGGUCUCUUUGAGAGAUGGAUCCAGGUUGCUGGACAUACUCAACGGUGAGCUGCAACAGGCUACGGGGCAUAGUCUGUAA